AUGAUCGCCAAAUCAGAGGAUCUCAAGGCAAUCACACCUCUCAAACUGGUGUCCUCGGGUGGAUUCGUGGCCGUCGACAUGUUAGGCACUCGCGAGACGACCACCCAGAUCGACUUCAUCUUCAACCCCGAUUCCCCCGACCCCGCGAAGUUCAGGAGGGAGCUCUACAGAGCCAUGGCACAUGUCGCACGGAGUCACAACAUCUCUCGAGGCUGGAUGAGGAACAUAGAGUCAUUUAUACAAGGGGGUGACAACGAAAAGCAGCGUCUUGUUCGUGAUUCCAUCUCGCAGGACAUUGCUCUCUGGCGGGGAGCCAAUCUGACUGUCUACGCUGUGGAGUGGCAUUGGGCUCUGGCCCAAAAGUUGAAGAUGAUGGAGGACAGGAGAGAGGCCGAUACACGCGACGCGGUUGCCAUUCUGAGCGAGCUGUACAUGAUCUGUCAGGGCCCUAUUCCUCGGAAUAUCAUCCAGUCUUGGGACAACCUCGUCCAGAAACCAAUCAAGGACUCGGCCAUUGACGUUCUCGCUGCCGCAUUCCUUGCGCGAUAUGGGUAUGUCGGCGUCGAUAGAGGCUAG